AUGGGUACCUUCAAGAAAGAAAAGAAUCGGAGAACCCGUGAGGGUACCUCCACUGACGGGAUGGGGAAUGUGAAGGUGAAGGGCGAAAACUUCUAUCGCUCUGCAAAGAAGGUCAAGACUUUGGGCAUGUACAAAGAGGGUAAAGCCCAGAGAAAUGCCAGGGGAGAAAUAACAAAAGCUGCCAUCUACCAGUCGAGGGACGUUCCACAAGCAAGGAUCGAGCCUAACAGGAAGUGGUUCACAAACACUAGGGUGAUUUCGCAAGACAGUCUCACAGCAUUUCGGGAAGCCAUGGCCGAGAAGGCCAACGAUCCGUACCAAGUCCUCCUUAAAUCCAAUAAGCUGCCUAUGAGUUUAUUGAAGGACGACAAGGGUAUCAAUGGACUUAAGCAGCACAAGGCGAAGAUGACGGUCGAGAGCUCUCCAUUCUCCGAAGUAUUCGGUCCCAAGGCUCAACGGAAACGUGUGACCAUUGGCGCCGGAACUUUAGAGGAUCUCGCUGGCGAGGCUGAGAAGAACCUAGAUACCUACCACGACAAGGUGGAGCAGGCGAAAUAUCUCAGGGGCGAAGGUGAGGGCGGCGAUGUACCGCUCGCAUUGGAACCUAUUUUCAGCAAAGGAGGCUCGAAGAGGAUAUGGAACGAACUCUACAAGGUCCUUGACUCGAGCGAUGUUGUCCUGCACAUCCUGGACGCUCGAGACCCUCUGGGAACGAGGUGUCGAAGCGUCGAAAAGUAUCUCAAGGCUGAGGCACCCCAUAAGCACUUGAUUUUCGUCCUGAACAAGUGUGACUUGGUGCCAAGCUCUGUAGCUGCUGCGUGGGUCCGGAAACUAUCCAAGGAGCGUCCCUGUCUUGCAUUCCAUGCCUCCAUCACAAACUCCUUUGGCAAGGGUUCGCUUAUCAGCCUUCUCCGCCAAUUCUCGACGCUACACGCCAAAGACCGAAAGGAGAUUUCGGUCGGAAUGAUUGGCUACCCCAACGUCGGCAAGAGUUCCAUCAUCAACACUUUACGUAAGAAGAAGGUGUGCGCUGUUGCUCCAAUUCCAGGAGAGACGAAGGUCUGGCAAUACAUCUCGCUCAUGAAACGAAUAAAUUUGAUCGACUGCCCAGGAAUUGUUCCUCCAAAUAUGAAUGAUACCCCGGAGGACAUUCUCCUACGUGGCGUUGUUCGAAUCGAAAACGUCGAGCAUCCAUCGCAUUAUAUUCCGGCACUUAUGAGUAAGGUGAAGAAACAUCACAUGGAGAGGACGUACGACCUAAGAGGAUGGGAAGAUUACAUGACUUUCCUCGAGCUGCUUGCGCGCAAAAAUGGCAGGUUGUUGAAGGGAGGGGAGCCAGACGUGGAAGGAAUAGCAAAGAUGGUGGUACACGACUUCUUACGAGGAAAGAUUCCGUGGUUUACACCGUGCCCGACCGCGUCAGACGCAGAUACGGACGGUGUAGUUAUAGAGGGCCGCGAAGGCAAACUUGGCGAGAUGCCAAAGAAGCGGAAGCGCGAUGACGCCCAGCAAGAUACGCCGGCGCUGUCCCGAGACGAAGAGGAAGAUGAGGAGGAAGAUGAGGAAUUUGGUGGGUUCGACAGCGACGAUGAGUCCGUGGAUGGUUCGGCGGAGAACCCUGGACUUCACGUGAACUCCGACGACGCGGGUGAAGAAGAAGAAAGCGAUGACGAAGAGGCCGAGGACCGAAUCUCCCUAGGCGCAUCGAGCGAUGAGGAGGAUGAGGAAGAUGAGAACGCGGAAACCGUCGGCGCCGUGGAGCAGGCGGACGAGAGCUCAUCAGACUCCGGGGGCGCCCCUAUAACAACCAAUGAAGACAAGGGGGGUAGAUCUAAUAAGCGGAGGAGGACCAGAACAUAG